AUGGCAACCCCAUAUCCCUUACUUCUUCUUCUUCUCCUUCUCUCAACUUCUUAUCUCUUCCUUCAACCUUCCUCCUCCGCCACAACCAACAGUAUCGGCGUCAACUACGGCACCAUCGCCGACAACCUCCCACCGCCCUCCAAAGUCGCCUCAUUCCUCAAAACCCAAACCACCAUCGACCGUAUUAAACUCUUCGACGCAAACCCCGACAUCCUCCGCGCCUUCGCCAACACAAACAUCUCCGUCACCGUAACCGUCGCAAAUAUCGACAUCCCUUCACUCACAAAACUACCCUCAGCCCAAUCAUGGAUCACCACAAACAUCCUCCCUUUCCACCCCGAAACCGCCUUCAACCGUAUCGCCGUCGGAAACGAAAUCCUCGCAACUUCAGAUAAAAACCUCAUCGCACACAUUCUCCCCGCCAUGAAAGCACUUCACCAAGCUCUCACACUCUCAAACCUCACUCAUAUUCAAGUCGUAUCACCUAACUCUCUCGGCAUUUUAUCUUCCUCAGAACCACCGAGCGCUGGAAGUUUCCGCCGUGGCUACGACCGUGCUAUCUUCGCUCCCAUUCUGGACUUUCUUCGCCAAACGAAAUCCCCUUUCAUGGUUAACCCGUAUCCGUUCUUCGGUUUCUCUCCAACCAAACCCGAAACGUUGAACUACGCGCUCUUUAAACCAAACGGUGGCGUUUUUGAUAAAGCAACUGGAAUAAACUAUACGAAUAUGUUUGAUGCUCAGAUGGAUGCGGUUUAUUCGGCGAUGAAGAAACUUGGUUACGAUGACGUGGAACUGGUUGUUGGUGAAACCGGUUGGCCUUCUUUGGGUGACCCGGACCAACCCGGUGUGAGUCUGGAGAAUGCGGUUUCUUAUAAUGGGAAUCUUAUUAAACAUGUUAAUUCUGGGAAAGGGACUCCUUUGAUGCCUAAUAGAACAUUUGAAACUUAUAUUUUCUCAUUGUUUAAUGAGAAUCUUAAACCCACUGUUUCGGAGCGGAAUUACGGGUUGUUUAAACCCGAUCUUACACCGGUUUACGAUGUUGGUGUUUUUACCCAACAACAUCAACAGGCAAUGGGGCCUGCAUCUGGGCCUACAACAAUGGACCCAGCAUCAGGACCUAAAGCAAUGGGGCCUGCCAUGGGUCCUGCAGCAGGGCCUACGACAAUGGGACCGGCAGGCUCCCCCGAAUCGUCUGUUUCAAAGAAGUGGUGCGUGCCGAAGACUAACGUAACUGAAAAGGCGUUGCAAGCCAACAUCGACUUUGUUUGCAGCAAUGGGAUAGAUUGUGGGCCGAUAAAGAAUGGCGGGCCGUGCUUUAAGCCCAAUUCUUUGAGGUCCCAUGCAGCCUAUGCCAUGAACGCAUAUUAUCAACAAUCUGGUCACCACAAUUCUGACUGUGAUUUUGGCAACACGGGAGUCAUAACUGACACAGACCCUAGUUAUGGGACGUGUAAGUAUCCAUAUGCAGCUACAGCAUCAGGGCAAAACGUCAAAAAGCCUGAUACAGAUGGUGGUGGCUCACUCAAAUCUGAUACUUCCAACCUUAGAUUAUAUGGCUUCUUAUCUCAUCUUCAAUUUCUUAUUUGUCUAUGUUUUCUCUAA